GAACUCCCAAUCAAUCCCCAUGGCUGUGUUCGGGCAGAGGUCGGCAGUAGGAAAUCCACUUUUGACAUGUUCAAUUUUCUUGCAUCACGGCACCGUAAGCUUCCUGAGUACGGAUUUGUUGAUGAGGAGGAAGAUGAGGUGCAUCUAAAGUCAGCCAGGCGAGCGACCAGCAUGGACCUUCCGAUGGCCAUGAGGUUCCGUCACCUCAAGAAGACCUCGAAAGAAGCUGUGGGUGUUUAUAGGUCUGCUAUUCACGGCCGGGGACUCUUCUGUAAGAGAAACAUUGACGCUGGGGAGAUGGUGAUAGAAUAUUCUGGAAUUGUCAUUCGAUCUGUUUUAACUGACAAGCGAGAGAAAUAUUACGACAGUAAGGUAAGGAGUCAGGGUGAGUGA